UCCAGCCACUAUAUAAGACACAGCAUCGUGCUCCUCCAAAGUUGGGAGGCAUCUAUCACAGUUUUUCUUCACAACAACCAAUCUGUGCUCAGCUGGGAUAAACUGAAUCCCUCAUAAGUUGCCAAAAUGAGCACGGACGCAGAGAUGGAGGUCUAUGGCAAGGCAGCCAUUUACCUCCGGAAGCCGGAAAGGGAGAGGCUUGAGGCACAAACCGCUCCUUUUGAUGCCAAAACUGCCUACUUUGUGGCUGAGCCAGAGGAGAUGUAUUUAAAGGGUAAACUCAUCAAAAGAGAGGGUGGUAAAGCCACAGUUGAGACAAUUACAGGAAAGACUCUCACUGUUAAAGAGGAUGACAUCCAUCCCAUGAACCCUCCCAAGUUCGACAAAAUUGAGGACAUGGCCAUGAUGACCCACCUCAAUGAACCUGCCGUGCUGUAUAACCUCAAAGAGCGUUUUGCAUCAUGGAUGAUCUACACUUACUCUGGCCUGUUCUGCGUUGUUGUGAAUCCCUACAAGUGGCUUCCUGUUUACGAUGCUCAGGUUGUUGUAGCAUACAGAGGCAAGAAGAGAGUUGAGGCCCCACCCCACAUCUUCUCCAUCUCUGACAAUGCCUAUCAGUUCAUGCUCACAGAUCGUGAGAAUCAGUCUAUCCUCAUCACUGGAGAAUCUGGUGCAGGAAAGACUGUCAACACCAAACGUGUCAUCCAGUACUUUGCAAUAAUUGCAAUGACUGGAUCUAAGAAAGCAGAACCAACACCUGGCAAGAUGCAGGGUUCGCUGGAAGAUCAAAUCAUUGCAGCCAACCCUCUACUGGAGGCCUAUGGUAAUGCCAAGACUGUGAGGAAUGACAACUCGUCUCGUUUUGGUAAAUUCAUCAGAAUCCACUUUGGAACAAGUGGCAAACUGGCCUCAGCAGACAUUGAGACAUAUCUGCUGGAGAAGUCCCGUGUCACCUUCCAGUUGUCUGCUGAGAGGAGCUACCAUAUCUUCUAUCAGCUGAUGACUGGCCACAAGCCAGAGCUUCUGGAGGCCCUUCUGAUCACCACCAACCCCUAUGAUUAUCCAAUGAUCAGUCAGGGUGAAGUGACUGUAAAAAGCAUCAAUGAUGUGGAGGAGUUCAUUGCGACAGAUACUGCUAUUGAUAUCUUGGGCUUCAGCGGUGAGGAGAAAAUGGGCAUUUACAAGCUGACUGGUGCUGUGAUGCAUCAUGGAAACAUGAAAUUCAAGCAAAAGCAGCGUGAGGAGCAGGCUGAACCAGAUGGCACAGAGGUGGCUGAUAAAAUCGCCUACCUCCUGGGUCUGAACUCAGCUGAUAUGCUGAAAGCUCUGUGCUACCCAAGAGUUAAGGUCGGAAAUGAGAUGGUCACCAAAGGUCAGACCGUCCCACAGGUCAACAAUGCUGUCAGCGCUCUGUGCAAGUCUAUUUACGAGAAAAUGUUCUUGUGGAUGGUCAUCCGUAUCAAUGAGAUGCUGGACACAAAGCAGCCCAGACAGUUCUUCAUUGGAGUGUUGGAUAUCGCUGGAUUUGAGAUCUUUGAUUUUAACAGCUUGGAGCAGCUCUGCAUCAACUUCACAAAUGAGAAACUGCAACAGUUCUUCAACCAUCACAUGUUUGUUCUGGAGCAAGAGGAGUACAAGAAAGAAGGCAUUGAAUGGGAGUUCAUUGACUUUGGUAUGGACUUGGCUGCCUGCAUUGAGCUUAUUGAGAAGCCAAUGGGCAUAUUCUCCAUCCUUGAAGAGGAGUGCAUGUUCCCCAAGGCCUCUGACACAACUUUCAAGAACAAGCUGCACGAUCAGCAUCUUGGCAAGACCAAGGCCUUUGAGAAGCCAAAACCCGCAAAGGGCAAGGCUGAGGCUCACUUCUCCCUGGUUCACUAUGCUGGAACAGUGGACUACAAUAUCACUGGCUGGCUGGACAAGAACAAGGACCCACUGAACGACUCAGUGGUUCAGCUUUACCAGAAAUCUUCUAACAAGCUCCUUUGUCAUCUCUAUGUGUCACAUGCUUCAACUGAUGAUGCUUCUGGUGGUGGUGGCAAAAAGGGCAAGAAGAAGGGUGGCUCCUUCCAGACUGUGUCUGCUCUUUUCAGAGAGAACUUGGGCAAGCUGAUGACCAACUUGAGGAGCACUCAUCCUCACUUUGUCCGUUGCCUGAUUCCCAAUGAGUCAAAGACCCCAGGUCUGAUGGAGAACUUCUUGGUCAUCCACCAGUUGAGGUGUAACGGUGUGCUGGAGGGUAUCAGAAUCUGUAGAAAGGGCUUCCCCAGCAGAAUCCUCUAUGGUGACUUCAAGCAGAGAUACAAAGUAUUGAAUGCCAGUGUCAUCCCGGAGGGACAGUUCAUUGAUAACAAGAAAGCUUCAGAGAAGCUGCUGACCUCCAUUGAUGUGGACCACACUCAGUACAAGUUUGGACACACUAAGGUGUUCUUCAAAGCUGGUCUGCUGGGUACCCUUGAGGAGAUGAGAGAUGAUAAACUGGCUUUGCUGGUGACCAUGACUCAAGCUCUCUGCAGAGGAUAUGUUAUGAGGAAGGAGUUUGUUAAGAUGAUGGAGAGGAGAGAAUCUAUCUUCGCCAUCCAGUACAACAUCCGUUCCUUCAUGAAUGUGAAGAACUGGCCAUGGCUGAAACUGUACUUCAAGAUCAAGCCUCUUUUAAAGAGUGCUGAGACAGAGAAGGAGCUGCAGCAGAUGAAGGAGAACUAUGAUAAGAUGCAGUCAGACCUGGCAACUGCUCUGGCCAAGAAGAAGGAACUGGAGGAGAAGAUGGUUUCCCUGCUGCAGGAGAAGAAUGACCUGCAACUCCAAGUGGCUGCGGAAACGGAGAACCUCUCUGACGCAGAGGAAAGGUGUGAGGGGCUCAUUAAGAGCAAGAUCCAGAUGGAGGCCAAACUCAAAGAGACAACUGAGAGACUGGAGGAUGAAGAGGAAGUCAAUGCUGAGCUGACUGCCAAGAAGAGGAAGUUGGAGGAUGAAUGCUCUGAGCUGAAGAAAGACAUUGAUGACUUGGAGCUCACCUUGGCUAAAGUGGAGAAAGAGAAACAUGCCACAGAAAACAAGGUCAAAAACCUAACAGAGGAGAUGGCAUCUCAAGAUGAGACCAUUGCUAAGUUAACCAAGGAGAAGAAAGCCCUCCAAGAGUCUCAUCAGCAAACACUGGAUGAUCUCCAGGCAGAGGAAGACAAAGUCAACACUCUGACCAAAGCCAAGACUAAGUUGGAACAGCAAGUGGAUGAUCUUGAGGGCUCAUUGGAGCAAGAGAAGAAACUCCGCAUGGACCUUGAGAGAGCCAAGAGGAAGCUUGAAGGAGAUCUGAAACUGGCCCAGGAAUCCAUAAUGGAUCUGGAGAAUGACAAGCAGCAAUCUGAUGAGAAAAUCAAGAAGAAGGAGUUUGAAGUCAGCCAGCUCCUCAGUAAGAUUGAGGAUGAACAAUCUCUUGGUGCCCAGCUUCAGAAGAAGAUCAAGGAACUCCAGGCUCGUAUUGAGGAGCUGGAAGAGGAGAUUGAGGCUGAGAGGUCUGCUCGGGCUAAGGUGGAGAAGCAGAGAGCUGACCUCUCCAGGGAGCUUGAGGAGAUCAGUGAGAGGCUUGAGGAAGCUGGUGGAGCAACAGCUGCUCAGAUUGAGAUGAACAAGAAGCGUGAGGCUGAGUUCCAGAAACUGCGUCGUGACCUAGAGGAGUCCACCCUGCAGCAUGAAGCUACUGCAGCAGCUCUCCGCAAGAAGCAGGCUGACAGUGUUGCAGAGCUGGGAGAGCAGAUCGACAACCUGCAGCGCGUCAAGCAGAAGCUGGAGAAAGAGAAGAGCGAGUACAAGAUGGAGAUUGAUGACCUCUCCAGCAACAUGGAGGCUGUUGCCAAAUCAAAGGGCAACUUGGAGAAAAUGUGCAGAACUCUUGAGGACCAGCUGAGUGAGCUCAAAGCCAAAAAUGAUGAGAAUGUCCGUCAGCUGAAUGACAUCAAUGCACAGAAGGCAAGACUUCAGACUGAGAAUGGUGAGUUUUCCCGCCAGCUUGAGGAGAAAGAAGCUCUUGUUUCUCAGCUAACCAGAGGCAAGCAGGCAUUCACUCAGCAGAUUGAGGAGCUUAAGAGACACGUUGAGGAGGAAGUUAAGGCCAAGAAUGCCCUGGCCCAUUCUGUUCAGUCAUCUCGCCAUGACUGUGAUCUGCUCAGAGAGCAGUUUGAGGAGGAGCAGGAGGCAAAGUCUGAGCUGCAGAGAGGAAUGUCCAAGGCCAACAGUGAGGUGGCUCAGUGGAGAUCCAAAUAUGAGACUGAUGCUAUCCAGCGUACUGAGGAGCUGGAGGAGGCCAAGAAAAAGCUUGCCCAGCGACUGCAGGAUGCUGAGGAAUCCAUUGAAGCUGUGAACUCCAAGUGUGCUUCUUUGGAGAAGACCAAGCAGAGACUGCAGGGUGAGGUGGAGGACCUCAUGAUUGAUGUGGAGAGAGCUAAUGCUCUGGCUGCCAACCUUGACAAGAAGCAGAGGAACUUUGAUAAGGUUCUGGCAGAAUGGAAACAAAAGUACGAGGAGAGCCAGGCAGAACUGGAAGGAGCCCAAAAGGAAGCUCGCUCUCUCAGCACUGAGUUGUUCAAGAUAAAGAAUUCCUAUGAGGAGGCCCUGGAUCAUUUGGAGACCAUGAAGAGAGAAAAUAAGAAUCUGCAACAGGAGAUCUCAGAUCUGACUGAACAGAUUGGUGAAACUGGAAAGACUAUUCAUGAGCUGGAGAAAGCCAAGAAGACUGUGGAGACUGAGAAAUCUGAAAUUCAGUCAGCACUGGAGGAAGCUGAGGCCACACUGGAGCAUGAGGAGGCCAAGAUUCUCCGUGUUCAGCUUGAACUCAACCAGGUAAAAGGUGAGGUGGACAGGAAGCUGGCAGAAAAGGACGAGGAGAUGGAGCAGAUCAAGAGGAAUAGCCAGAGGGUGAUUGACUCCAUGCAGACCACUCUUGAUGCUGAGGUCAGGAGCAGGAAUGAUGCCCUGAGAGUCAAGAAGAAGAUGGAGGGAGAUCUGAAUGAGAUGGAGAUUCAGCUGAGCCAUGCUAACAGACAGGCUGCUGAGGCCCAGAAACAACUGAGGAAUGUCCAGGGACAGCUCAAGGAUGCCCAACUGCACCUUGACGAUGCUCUCAGAGGACAGGAGGACAUGAAGGAACAGGUUGCCAUGGUUGAGCGCAGAAAUGGUCUGAUGUUGGCUGAGAUUGAAGAGUUGAGAGCUGCUCUGGAGCAGACAGAGAGAGGACGCAAAGUGGCUGAACAGGAGUUGGUUGAUGCUAGUGAGCGUGUUGGACUGCUUCACUCUCAGAACACCAGUCUUAUAAACACCAAGAAGAAGCUGGAGUCUGAUCUUGUCCAGGUUCAGGGUGAAGUGGAUGAUGCUGUACAGGAAGCAAGAAACGCUGAGGAGAAAGCCAAGAAGGCUAUCACUGAUGCUGCCAUGAUGGCUGAGGAGCUGAAAAAGGAGCAGGACACCAGCGCUCACCUGGAGAGGAUGAAGAAGAACCUGGAGGUCACAGUUAAGGACCUGCAGCACCGUCUGGAUGAGGCUGAGAACCUCGCCAUGAAGGGUGGCAAGAAGCAGCUCCAGAAACUGGAGUCCAGGGUGCGUGAGCUGGAAGCCGAAGUUGAUGCUGAGCAGAGACGUGGAGCUGAUGCUGUUAAAGGAGUCCGUAAAUAUGAGAGGAGGGUAAAGGAGCUGACCUACCAGGUGAAUAUCAUCUCACUAUAAAGAUCCAUGAACUGCUUUAUUGUAUUUUAACAUUUCAUAAGUGACAAUCUUUCAUCACUGUAGACUGAAGAGGACAAGAAGAAUGUGCAUAGACUUCAGGAUCUGGUGGACAAGCUGCAGCUCAAAGUCAAGUCUUACAAGAGACAGGCUGAGGAGGCUGAGGAGCAGGCCAACACUCAUAUGUCCAGAUUCAGGAAGGCCCAGCAUGAGCUGGAGGAAGCUCAAGAGCGUGCUGACAUUGCUGAGUCUCAAGUCAACAAGCUGAGAGCCAAGAGCCGUGAUGUUGGAAAGUCGGAUUUGGCUGAUGCAAUCAUGAGCACAGACGCAGAGAUGGAGGCCUAUGGCCCAGCAGCCAUUUACCUCCGGAAGCCAGAAAAGGAGAGGAUUGAGGCACAAACCGCUCCUUUUGAUGCCAAAACUGCCUACUUUGUGACUGAUCCUGAAGAGAUGUACCUCAAGGGUAAACUAGUCAAAAAAGAGGGUGGUAAAGCCACAGUUGAGACAGAUUCAGGAAAGACUGUCACUGUAAAAGAGGAUGACAUCCAUCCCAGGAACCCUCCAAAGUUCGACAAAAUUGAGGACAUGGCCAUGAUGACUCACCUCAAUGAGCCUUGCGUGUUGUAUAACCUCAAAGAGCGUUAUGCAUCAUGGAUGAUCUACACCUACUCUGGGUUGUUUUGCGUCGUCGUGAAUCCCUACAAGUGGCUUCCUGUGUAUGAUGCUCAGGUUGUGGCUGGAUACAGAGGCAAGAAGAGGAUUGAGGCUCCACCCCACAUCUUCUCUAUCUCUGACAAUGCCUAUCAGUUCAUGCUCACAGAUCGUGAAAACCAGUCUAUCCUGAUUACUGGAGAAUCUGGUGCAGGAAAGACUGUCAACACCAAACGUGUCAUCCAGUACUUUGCAACAAUUGCUGCUCUUGGAGCUAAGAAAGAGACUACACCUGGCAAGAUGCAGGUAAAUGUGGUCAAUCAAGAAAAAAAGUGUUUUUGUUUCUUUUUCAGAUAGAAGUUUGCCCAAAUGUAUAGCUCAUGUAAAAAUUGUCUCUUGCAGGGCUCCCUUGAGGACCAAAUUGUUGCAGCCAACCCUCUGCUAGAGGCCUAUGGUAAUGCCAAGACUGUGAGGAAUGACAACUCCUCUCGUUUUGGUAAAUUCAUCAGAAUCCACUUUGGAUCCUCUGGAAAGCUGGCUUCAGCUGAUAUUGAAACAUAUCUGCUGGAGAAGUCCCGUGUCACCUUCCAGUUGUCUGCUGAGAGGAGCUACCAUAUCUUCUAUCAGCUGAUGACUGGCCACAAGCCAGAGCUUCUGGAGGCUCUUCUGAUCACCACCAACCCCUAUGAUUAUCCAAUGAUCAGUCAGGGUGAAAUCACUGUCAAGAGCAUCAAUGAUGUGGAGGAGUUCAUUGCAACAGAUACUGCAAUUGAUAUCUUGGGCUUCAGCGGUGAGGAGAAACUGGGCAUCUACAAGCUGACUGGUGCUGUGAUGCAUCAUGGAAACAUGAAAUUCAAGCAGAAGCAACGUGAGGAGCAGGCUGAACCAGAUGGCACUGAGGUGGCUGAUAAAAUCGCCUACCUCCUGGGUCUGAACUCAGCUGAUAUGCUGAAAGCUCUGUGCUACCCAAGAGUCAAGGUCGGAAAUGAGAUGGUCACCAAAGGUCAGACCGUCCCACAGGUCAACAAUGCUGUCAGCGCUCUGUGCAAGUCUAUUUAUGAGAAAAUGUUCUUGUGGAUGGUCAUCCGUAUCAAUGAGAUGCUGGACACAAAGCAGCCCAGACAGUUCUUCAUUGGAGUGUUGGAUAUCGCUGGAUUUGAGAUCUUUGAUUUUAACAGCUUGGAGCAGCUCUGCAUCAACUUCACAAAUGAGAAACUGCAACAGUUCUUCAACCAUCACAUGUUUGUUCUGGAGCAAGAGGAGUACAAGAAAGAAGGCAUUGAAUGGGAGUUCAUUGACUUUGGUAUGGACUUGGCUGCCUGCAUUGAGCUUAUUGAGAAGCCAAUGGGCAUAUUCUCCAUCCUUGAAGAGGAGUGCAUGUUCCCCAAGGCCUCUGACACAACUUUCAAGAACAAGCUGCACGAUCAGCAUCUUGGCAAGACCAAGGCCUUUGAGAAGCCAAAACCCGCGAAGGGCAAGGCUGAGGCUCACUUCUCCCUGGUUCACUAUGCUGGAACAGUGGACUACAAUAUCAAUGGCUGGCUGGACAAGAACAAGGACCCACUGAACGACUCAGUGGUUCAGCUUUACCAAAAAUCAUCUAACAAGCUGUUGGCCUUCCUGUAUGCAGCCCAUGCUUCAACUGACGAUGCUGCUGGUGGUGGUGGCAAGAAGGGUGGCAAGAAGAAGGGUGGCUCCUUCCAGACUGUGUCUGCACUGUUCAGAGAGAACUUGGGCAAGCUGAUGACCAACUUGAGGAGCACUCAUCCUCACUUUGUCCGUUGCCUGAUUCCCAAUGAGUCAAAGACACCAGGUCUGAUGGAGAACCAUUUGGUCAUCCACCAGCUGAGGUGUAACGGUGUGCUGGAGGGUAUCAGAAUCUGUAGAAAGGGCUUUCCCAGCAGAAUCCUCUAUGGUGACUUCAAGCAGAGAUACAAAGUAUUGAAUGCCAGUGUCAUCCCUGAGGGACAGUUCAUUGACAACAAGAAAGCUUCAGAGAAGCUGCUGGGCUCCAUUGAUGUGGACCACACUCAGUACAAGUUUGGACACACUAAGGUGUUCUUCAAAGCUGGUCUGCUGGGUACCCUUGAGGAGAUGAGAGACGAGAAACUGGCUGAGCUGGUGACCAUGACUCAAGCUCUCUGCAGAGGAUAUGUUAUGAGGAAGGAGUUUGUUAAGAUGAUGGAGAGGAGAGAAUCCAUCUUCUCCAUCCAGUACAACAUCCGUUCCUUCAUGAAUGUGAAGAACUGGCCGUGGCUGAAACUGUACUUCAAGAUCAAGCCUCUUUUGAAGAGUGCUGAGACAGAAAAGGAGCUGCAGCAGAUGAAGGAGAACUAUGAUAAGAUGCAGUCAGACCUGGCAACUGCUCUGGCCAAGAAGAAGGAACUGGAGGAGAAGAUGGUUUCCCUGCUGCAGGAGAAGAAUGACCUGCAACUCCAAGUGGCUGCAGAAGUUGAGAACCUCUCUGACGCAGAGGAAAGGUGUGAGGGGCUCAUUAAGAGCAAGAUCCAGAUGGAGGCCAAACUCAAAGAGACAACUGAGAGACUGGAGGAUGAAGAGGAAGUCAAUGCUGAGCUGACUGCCAAGAAGAGGAAGUUGGAGGAUGAAUGCUCUGAGCUGAAGAAAGACAUUGAUGACUUGGAGCUCACCUUGGCUAAAGUGGAGAAAGAGAAACAUGCCACAGAAAACAAGGUCAAAAACCUAACAGAGGAGAUGGCAUCUCAAGAUGAGACCAUUGCUAAGUUAACCAAGGAGAAGAAAGCCCUCCAAGAGUCUCAUCAGCAAACACUGGAUGAUCUCCAGGCAGAGGAAGACAAAGUCAACACUCUGACCAAAGCCAAGACUAAGUUGGAACAGCAAGUGGAUGAUCUUGAGGGCUCAUUGGAGCAAGAGAAGAAACUCCGCAUGGACCUUGAGAGAGCCAAGAGGAAGCUUGAAGGAGAUCUGAAACUGGCCCAGGAAUCCAUAAUGGAUCUGGAGAAUGACAAGCAGCAAUCUGAUGAGAAAAUCAAGAAGAAGGAGUUUGAAGUCAGCCAGCUCCUCAGUAAGAUUGAGGAUGAACAAUCUCUUGGUGCCCAGCUUCAGAAGAAGAUCAAGGAACUCCAGGCUCGUAUUGAGGAGCUGGAAGAGGAGAUUGAGGCUGAGAGGUCUGCUCGGGCUAAGGUGGAGAAGCAGAGAGCUGACCUCUCCAGGGAGCUUGAGGAGAUCAGUGAGAGGCUUGAGGAAGCUGGUGGAGCAACAGCCGCUCAGAUUGAGAUGAACAAGAAGCGUGAGGCUGAGUUCCAGAAACUGCGUCGUGACCUAGAGGAGUCUACCCUGCAGCAUGAAGCUACUGCAGCAGCUCUACGGAAGAAGCAGGCUGACAGUGUUGCAGAGCUGGGAGAGCAGAUCGACAACCUGCAGCGCGUCAAGCAGAAGCUGGAGAAAGAGAAGAGCGAGUACAAGAUGGAGAUUGAUGACCUCUCCAGCAACAUGGAGGCUGUUGCCAAAUCAAAGGGCAACUUGGAGAAAAUGUGCAGAACUCUUGAGGACCAGCUGAGUGAGCUCAAAGCCAAAAAUGAUGAGAAUGUCCGUCAGCUGAAUGACAUCAAUGCACAGAAGGCAAGACUUCAGACUGAGAAUGGUGAGUUUUCCCGCCAGCUUGAGGAGAAAGAAGCUCUUGUUUCUCAGCUAACCAGAGGCAAGCAGGCAUUCACUCAGCAGAUUGAGGAACUUAAGAGACACGUUGAGGAGGAAGUUAAGGCCAAGAACGCCCUGGCCCAUGCCGUUCAGUCAGCUCGCCAUGACUGUGAUCUGCUCAGAGAGCAGUUUGAAGAGGAGCAGGAGGCCAAGGCUGAGCUGCAGAGAGGAAUGUCCAAGGCCAACAGUGAGGUGGCUCAGUGGAGAUCCAAAUAUGAGACUGAUGCUAUCCAGCGUACUGAGGAGCUGGAGGAGGCCAAGAAAAAGCUUGCCCAGCGACUGCAGGAUGCUGAGGAAUCCAUUGAAGCUGUGAACUCCAAGUGUGCCUCUUUGGAGAAGACCAAGCAGAGACUGCAGGGUGAGGUGGAGGACCUCAUGAUUGAUGUGGAGAGAGCUAACGCUCUGGCUGCCAACCUUGACAAGAAGCAGAGGAACUUUGAUAAGGUUCUGGCAGAAUGGAAACAAAAGUACGAGGAGGGCCAGGCAGAACUGGAAGGAGCCCAAAAGGAAGCUCGCUCUCUCAGCACUGAGUUGUUCAAGAUGAAGAACUCCUAUGAGGAGGCCCUGGAUCAUUUGGAGACCAUGAAGAGAGAAAAUAAGAAUCUGCAGCAGGAGAUCUCAGAUCUGACUGAGCAGAUUGGUGAAACUGGAAAGAGUAUUCACGAGCUGGAGAAAGCCAAGAAGACUGUGGAGACUGAGAAAUCUGAAAUUCAGUCAGCACUGGAGGAAGCUGAGGGCACUCUGGAGCACGAGGAGGCCAAGAUUCUCCGUGUUCAGCUUGAGCUCAACCAGGUGAAAGGUGAGGUGGACAGGAAGCUGGCAGAAAAGGACGAGGAGAUGGAGCAGAUCAAGAGGAAUAGCCAGAGGGUGAUUGACUCCAUGCAGACCACUCUUGAUGCUGAGGUCAGGAGCAGGAAUGAUGCCCUGAGAGUCAAGAAGAAGAUGGAGGGAGACCUGAAUGAAAUGGAGAUUCAGCUGAGCCAUGCUAACAGGCAGGCUGCUGAGGCCCAGAAACAACUGAGGAAUGUCCAGGGACAGCUCAAGGAUGCCCAACUGCACCUUGACGAUGCUGUCAGAGGACAGGAGGACAUGAAGGAACAGGUUGCCAUGGUUGAGCGCAGAAAUGGUCUGAUGUUGGCUGAAAUUGAGGAGUUGAGAGGUGCUCUGGAGCAGACAGAGAGAGGACGCAAAGUGGCUGAACAGGAGUUGGUUGAUGCUAGUGAGCGUGUUGGACUGCUUCACUCUCAGAACACCAGUCUUCUAAACACCAAGAAGAAGCUGGAGUCUGAUCUUGUCCAGGUUCAGGGUGAAGUGGAUGAUGCUGUACAGGAAGCAAGAAACGCUGAGGAGAAAGCCAAGAAGGCUAUCACUGAUGCUGCCAUGAUGGCUGAGGAGCUGAAGAAGGAGCAGGACACCAGCGCUCACCUGGAGAGGAUGAAGAAGAACCUGGAGGUCACAGUCAAGGACCUGCAGCACCGUCUGGAUGAGGCUGAGAACCUCGCCAUGAAGGGUGGCAAGAAGCAGCUCCAGAAACUGGAGUCCAGGGUGCGUGAGCUGGAAGCUGAAGUUGAUGCUGAGCAGAGACGUGGAGCUGAUGCUGUUAAAGGAGUCCGUAAAUAUGAGAGGAGGGUGAAGGAGCUGACCUACCAGACUGAAGAGGACAAGAAGAAUGUGAAUAGACUUCAGGAUCUGGUGGACAAGCUGCAGCUCAAAGUCAAGGCUUACAAGAGACAGGCUGAGGAGGCUGAGGAGCAGGCCAACACUCAUAUGUCCAGACUCAGGAAGGUCCAGCAUGAGCUGGAGGAAGCUCAAGAGCGUGCUGACAUUGCAGAGUCUCAAGUCAACAAGCUGAGAGUCAAGAGUCGUGAUGCUGGAAAGGGAAGUGACUCUGCUGAAUAAGAUUCAUCUGAGGCAUUAAAGAGCUCAUCAAGAAUUUGAGAAUGUUCCUCUAUAAAUGCAAUAAAUGUUAAACAUUU